CGUUUCCAGUGCGGUCACACUGCCCUAGAGCCCCAAACAACAACAAUUUUAGAACCUGGCCUGCCUGCAAUAAACAAAACAUCGAAUUGAAAACGAAUACGAAUACUUCCCGUGUCAAAUAGUCACCGCCAAAACAGCACCACCACCUAGCAAACCGAAGAGGCCAAAACCAAACCACUCAUGUUCCCAGUGCACCCGUUCUUGCUGCUGCUCCUCCUCUUCGCCAAGGGAACCCACCAGAUAAAUGUCGACUGCAACGAGCUGCAAAUGAUGGGCCAGUUUAUGUGCCCAGAUCCGGCAAGGGGUCAGAUCGAUCCGCGGACGCAGCAAUUGGCCGGAUGUACCAAAGAGGGCCAUGCCCGAGUCUGGUGCAUUGCCGCCCAUGAGAUCAAUUGUACGGAGACGGGCAACUCCACCUUCACCCGGGAAGUGCCCUGCAAGUGGACAAAUGGCUACCACCUGGACACUACUUUGCUACUCUCCGUUUUCCUGGGCAUGUUCGGGGUGGAUAGGUUCUACUUAGGCUACCCGGGCAUUGGGCUACUCAAGUUCUGUACCCUUGGCGGCAUGUUCCUGGGCCAGCUCAUUGACAUAGUGCUAAUUGCCCUACAAGUUGUGGGUCCGGCGGAUGGUUCCGCUUAUGUGAUACCCUAUUACGGAGCCGGAAUCCAUAUCGUUCGUAGCGACAACACCACCUACAGGCUGCCCAGGGACGACUGGUGAUGGUUAAGGCGACACAGCGCCUGGUGUACAGUAGAUCACGUUAAGUCCUUGUUAUACCUUAAGUACGGCUUAUGACACUAGCGAUAAGCAACGACUGCGGAUCCGAUCUGAUCCAUGAUCGAGACUCUGAUUAGUGCAUUACGUACCCUAGUUAAUAAGUGUAAAGAUUGUUGCCACCCCUCCUUUGCGUAGCCUAAGUUGCAUUGUUUAGUCUUAGUUACCAAUGUACAUGGUCCCUCAUACAACUCUACAUCUGUGUAAUUGUAUAGGCCGCAUAGACAAAUUGUUUGCCAAUAUAACUAACGAUUUUAA